AUGAUCUUUUUCGGCGUACUCUCUUUAUUGCUGACGCUCUGUGCCUUUAUUUUAGCUGGUUGCGCGUGUUUCUCUCCUAUUUUUGGCCGUGCAACGGGCUAUAAAACGAUUUAUCUUUUCGAGGUGGGACAAGCGUCAUCGACAGGUAAGGAUUCAUGCUUCAGGAACACUGUGUAUUUCAAUUUGGUCCGCGGGAGUGUUGUCACUUCCUCUGUCAUUGGAUUCAUUGCUUUCAUUGUUGUUAUUCUUACCAUUUUACGAGGGAGGAUGGCUUUCCUCAUGUGCCUGUCACCAUGCUUUUCUUUCAUCGCCUUCCUACUCAUGGCACUCUGCACCGCAAUUAUGUCUGUGGAGUACUUCGUUGGCUUCUGCAGUGACGACGGAGGGUCUGGCAAAAAGCCUCUGAAGGGUGUUUUCAAGUUGUGCUGUGGGUUUUACCUGCUAGUGACUUCCUGCGCCGUUUACUUGGGGAGUCUCAUAGCCCAGUUCUUUGCCCUUCUCAGCUGGGCAGCAUUUUUGAACGAGAUGUGUAUGUAUUUAGAGGAACUGUAG